AUGUUGCUAAAAGACAAACAUGCAUUUAUUACUGGAGGUUCGAAGGGCAUAGGUUUAGGAAUAUGCAAACGCUUUCUCGAACAUGGACUGCGUUCUCUUGCUUAUUUUUCAAGGACAGAAAGCCCAGAACACGCUGUGCUUUUAGAAACAGCAGAGCAAUAUCAAUCCUCUGUCUACCACUAUCAAGGAAGCGUCGAUGAUGAGAAGGCCUUACAAAAUUCCAUUGCAGACUUUAGUACUAAAUCAGGAUCGUUAGACAUACUUGUAAACAACGCAGGAAUAACAAAAGAUAAGCUUAUUAUUGGUCUUAGCCUCGAAGACUGGGACUCAGUAAUAAAUACAAACCUAAAAAGUGUUUUUAUCGCAAGUAAGUCUGCAACACAGAUUAUGCUAAAGCAACGGAGGGGAGUAAUAGUAAAUAUAAGCUCAGUAGUAGCAAUACACGGCAAUGCGGGGCAAUCAAACUACUGUGCCUCUAAGGCUGGUGUUAUUGGUUUUACAAAGAGUCUAGCCCGCGAAACAGCUAAGCGCGGAGUACGCGUAAAUGCAAUAGCACCUGGAUAUAUUAAAACUGAAAUGACAGAUAAAAUACAUGACACAUAUAAGGAAAAACUACAGGAGCUCAUCCCUCUUGUAAGAAUUGGGGAAGCAGAAGAUAUUGCAGAUCCUUGCGUGUUUCUUUGCUCGGAUAUGUCGCGUUAUAUUACAGGUGAAGUACUUGUAGUGUCGGGUGGUAUGUAG